UUGUUGUUGCGCUGCGUGGACGUGAUUAUUCUGUUCGGAUCGCCGCUGUUGCUCUUUAUAAAGCUUCUAAUUUCUUUUGUAAUACAUAUGUAUAUAUGUAUCGGCAUUGCGCAGUGAUAUAAGUAAAAAAUAAUAUAAAACUGCAUGCGUAAACAUACAUGUCUAUGAGUGAGAAGUGUUGUGCGUGUGUGUGUGUGUGUGAUAUACUAGAAUAAGUACAAAAUGGAUGCAAGCAACGACGAGACGCUUCAACAGCAACAACAACAGUACUACGAGCACAGCUGGAAGUCGUCCAAUCAUGGAAAUUCCUUAUCAGACAGCAGGGAUUAUGAUACAAACUCAACGCGCACUUCGCUAACGGGCUCGCCGCCCAUCACGUCGUCAACGCUGCAGCUGGACUUUGAUGGCUUUGAGGACAAAGCGCUGCUGGCAUCGCUGCUGGCGCCCAAGCUGGAAGCGGACGGUGGCAGCAGCGGCGGCGGCGGCAGCAGCAGCAGCAGCAGCAGCAGUAGCAGCAGCAUUUACAGUCACACGGCUGGGGAGCAACAGAGCUCGGACGAAGCUCUCAGCCGCUACAAAUGCAACUACGAGAACUGUUACCGCAGCUACAGCACCAUCGGGAAUCUGCGCACGCAUUUAAAAACACACACAGGUGACUACAGCUUCAAGUGUACGGAGGAGGGCUGCAACAAGGCAUUUCUCACCUCGUAUAGCCUGAAAAUCCAUGUACGCGUCCACACCAAGGUAAAGCCCUACGAGUGCGAGGUGAGCGGCUGUGAUAAGGCGUUCAACACGCGAUACAGAUUGCACGCCCACCUCCGGCUGCACAAUGGCGAGACGUUCAAUUGCGAAAUGUGCCAGAAGUGCUUCACCACGCUCAGCGACCUGAAGAAGCAUAUGCGCACCCAUACACAGGAGCGUCCGUACAAGUGCCCGGAGGACGAUUGCGGCAAGGCCUUUACGGCAUCGCAUCAUUUGAAGACGCAUCGGCGCACGCACACCGGCGAGAAGCCGUAUCCCUGCCAGGAGGAUAGCUGCCAGAAAUCGUUCAGCACCUCGCACAGCCUCAAGUCGCACAAGAAGACGCAUCUGAACAAGAGCAAGAAGAAGUCGAAGCGUGCACAGAAAUUACUGCUCGAGCAGCAGCAGCAGCAGCGGGAGCAACAACAGGAGCAGGAGCCGUUGGAGCUACAAAAGACAGACAUGGUGCUGCUCAAUCCGAGCAGCCAGAGCUCGGAGAACACGAGCAACGACAGCGGCGUUGUGCUGCAGCAGCUGUCGAAUGUGUUCCUGCUGCCGGAGACAUCCCAGGCAUAUCCGCUGUCCUAUGCCGCCGAGGAGGAGCUGCCCAGUCCCUGGAUAGAUGCCGGCGUGCUCGUCUCCAAGCCCCUUAUGGCCAGCGCACCGUUGACCGAUGCCUGCAUGGCGCUGCCCACCGAAAUGCCCAGCUUUGUGGAUCUGAAGGCGAACUUUGGCAGCGCCGUCAGCGGCAACAUGGAGGAGCUGGCGACGCUCGACGUCGAAAUGCUGAACAGCACAAAUGUUGUGGCCAGCUCCACGCUGCCCACGCUCGAGCUGAAUCCGCAGAACAUUGAGGAGCUGCUCAAGGACGAUAGCUACGACAACGAUGAGGACAUGGAGACGGAAUCGCUGCUCAACGAUAUACUCAUGACCAUUGACAAUAACAGCGCGCUGCUCCAGGCGACGCUGCAUCAGGCGUCGCAGGUGCCCAACGAUGCGUCCGGCCUCGUGGAGCUGGACAUCCGGGACAAUAAGCCAACGCUCAAGCAGAUCACAGCAGAUGCGGGCAUCUGCAAUUGCACCAAUUGCAAGUGUGAUCAGACCAAGAGCUGUCAUGGCGGCGAUUGCGGCGGCAGCGGCGGCUCCUCCUCCUCCACGCCGAAGGCCAAGCCAAUUACGACAACAACCACAACAACAACAACCAGCUCCCAUGGCAAACGCAUCUGCGGCAGCGCCGCCAGCAAAAAAGUGAGUAAACGCGAAGCGGAAAUGAAUCAAAACAUCGAGGAUGUUGCUUUGCUGCUCCAGAAUCUGGCAUCCAUGAGCGGCGGCUGUGGCGGCGGCGGCCGUGCUGCUGCCAAGCCAGCAGCUCCGGCAGCUGCCAGCGGUUGUGGUUGCGCACCAAAUCCGCCGGCAACAGCAAGCGGCGGCUGUUGUGCUCCUGCUGCUUUGCCGCCUCCUGCAGCUGCCGGCGGCUGCUGCUCAAGCAAUAAACCCGCCGCUGGCGGCUGCUGCAGCCCGCCGCCCGCUGCCAGCGCCAGCUGCUGCUCGGUCAAGGCGCAGCCGCCGCCGCCUGCAGUCAUCAGCGGCAGCGCCGCUCUAAAGAGCAGCUCUUGCACGUGCAAGAGUCCCGCCGAGGGCGUGGCCAAUGGCUGUUGUGUCGUCAUCUGCAUGAAAACGUUGCAAGCCCUGCGCAAAGUUCUGACGCGCCGGAACCUCAACCUAAUGCUUUGCCCGCAGCAGAACUAAAAACGCCGCCGUCGCCGCCGCCGCCAGCAACAACAACAAUUUUUGCUACAACAACAAAGCCCAAAGUGUCCCCAGAGCAGUGUUGCCAAGUGCCACCUAAAAAAAAGAAGUAGCUGCAUCCAAUGUUGAAAAUAGCCUGAAAUAGCUAAACAGGGUCGUUAGUGUACUUGCCAAAAAAUUGGCGGUCAGCUUAAUAAUUUUAAACUCUGCCUCUAAAAAUAGCCAACUUUAGCUAGCAAAUAGCUGAAUUGACAAACCAAAGCUUUAAACGUGUAACCAAGUAUUGUAUUGUGCCUAUGAGAAAGUAUUCCAUGUAAAAAAAAAAAGGAAAGAAAAUUAUUUUGUUAUUGUUGUUGUUAGUUGUUAAAUAAAACCAAAUGCAAAACCCAACGUCGGCUGGCCGCGCUCCAAACUUAAUCAAAAGCCGCCUAAACUAAAACAAACACAAACUUAAUUCAAUUGAAUACAAUUAUUGCCGCUUUAACUCUAACGCUUAAGAUUUUAUAAGUUAUACUUCAACUUUUAACACCUGUAUAAAAUGUUAAAAUUGCUUAAACAAAAACAACAAAAAAUAUGAAAGUUAGCUUCGGCUUGCCGAAGUUUAAAUGCUCUUGCAGUUAGGCUUGAUAGCAAUUAUUUUGCUCAAAUAUUAGAACUCGGAGAAUUUGAAAGGAUUUUCUUAAAAAGUAGACCAGUUCUUAUAUAAAUAAAUCAGUUUAUUUUUCGCCUGAUUGAUCUGACGUUCAUCAGUUUUUGCCAAACUUUUAAAAGCUUAAUAAAAUCUAUAAUUGCUUAAUUUAAUGAAAGUUCUAUAAAACACAAAAAACUUUUUGAAUAAAACAAUAUAUUCGAUUUUCUUCAUUUUUAUAAUAUAUCCGAUUCCGACUAAUGCCGAAAAUUUAAAAAAAAAGGAGAGACAUAUAUAUGUAUAUAUAUACAUACCCCAUGGUCCACAUAAUAGCUUGUCUCCUUUGGAGCGUUACACAACACUCGUCACAUAGUACUUAUUCCGCCUGCAAGGGCAGAGAGAAGCAAACACUUAACCAAAAACGCCUUAAAAAAUUCAACAUGAAUUGCUUUAUACAACUACUUUAUGUAUACACUAUAUAUUUUAUAACUGACAUUAAACAAUAUCUUGUAUAAAGUCGAAUAAAAAUAUAACUAAAA